CACUAGUGCGCUCUCAGAGACCAGUUGCGAAGCAGAGACGCGGUGAAGCACCUCAUUACAUCCUGAGCACCAGCUGCUGCUGCGAGGGGAAAUAUUCACCUGUGACGAACUCACACGGAUUUUAAAAAUUCAUUUAGACCAAAAGUAAACGGAGGCUCGUCACUCGACUGACAUUAAUUAAAAGUUGUUUUUUUUUUUCAUUUGCCUUCAGUGACACAGACUUUCUGAUCAACAUUACAUAUUUUCUAAAGGUGUUUCAUCUGUUUUUAAAUUGUUCUGGAGAGACUGUGCGCUUUUAAGAGGACCAUAAUGGCGAGGUUUUACGCCCGAAGUGUGUGCGUAAAAAUGAUCGGACUGCUCUGCGUUGCGGCGUCGAUACUCACCCAACACGGGACAUCAGGUCAGCGGGUGAAGGUGGAUCCAGAGCUGUCGUCGUAUCCUGGCCAGACGAUCAACCUGCGCUGCUCCUUCCCGGACACAAAUGGCGUUCAGCUCACAAUGGUCAAUUGGAUAUAUGAGACAAAGGAAGGAGAGAGGAUAAACAUAGCUGUGCUUCAUCCUUCCUUUGGCCCCAACUACCCCCCCUCGCCAGUGAAGGGCAGGGUCAGCUUCAAACCCAGUCCAACAGAAAUGGCGAGCCCUUCCAUCGAGAUCACUGAUGUCAGGAUGUCUGAUGAGGGCAAGUACAUCUGCGACUAUGCGACGUAUCCCGAUGGCAACGAGCAGGGAAUCACUCAGCUGAUCAUGUUGGCUAAGCCAGAUAACUCUGCCGAGGUCUUACCUGUGAUCGCCGGGACUCAGGCAGUCGUUGUGGCCCGCUGCGUGUCCAAAAAUGGCCGCCCACCAGCCCAGAUCAAAUGGGUGACCACGGCCAACGGGAACUGGACAGAGAAGUCUCAGACAAGUGCCGACAACACUGUGACAGUGACGAGUGAAUACCGCCUUGUGCCCAAAUCAAGGGACAAUGGGAAGGAGAUCGCAUGCUUGGUGGAACACAGAACCCAGGUCAAAGUGGAGAGCAUCUCUCGGAAACUAGUCAUUCAGUUUGCCCCUGAGGUGACAAUUGAGGGAUAUGACAAUAAUUGGUACGUGGGCCGUUCAAACGUGGCGCUCACCUGCAAUGCGAACGCAAACCCGGUUCCCACUUCUGUGAUCUGGAAAUCAAUGUCGGGAGAGAUGCCAGAAACUGUGUUGGUCAAAUCCAACGAGCUAAAGGUGCUGAAAGUGGACGAUACAGUCAACACCACUUUUGUUUGCGAGGUCAAGAACCGCAUCGGGACUACCAGGGAUCAGGUUACCAUCUUCGUCAGAGAGCCUUCAAAGAGCGACUCCAAUGCUGGCGUUGUUGCAGGGGCAGUUAUUGGCUCCCUGCUGGCCCUCCUUUUGGUCGCAGCCCUCGUUGCCGUGCUCGUCACCCAUAGCCGCAGGCAGCAGCAGGGUUACCGGGCCAACGGCGGCAGCGACAUGAAGACCCGCAUAUUCGGUGGUGGUAAGAAGGCGAGCAAGAACGGAACAAGCGGAGGAACGGGGAGCGGAGGCAUCACGGGUGGUAAUAGCAACGGGCCCGUCUACAUUGAUCGCUCGCCCAACCAGGGUCUGGGAGAGAAAAACAACCACCACCAGCCGUUCACCAUGGGCGCCCGACCCGAGGUCGUCGCCGGGACACCCACCGCCCAGGACAUCCUGCUGAGCAACGAAUUAGACGAAGCUGAGAGGAGGAAGUUCGAUGAGAUGGAGGAGGACGAGAGCUACGACCACUUCUCUGGAGGAGCCCCAAUCCUGCAACUGCGCCCGCCUCCCGAACAGGAUCAUAUGAUUGGAGAUUACAUUGAUGAUGACAUGGAGUCACAGCGGGAUGGCUCCGUCAUCUCUCGGACUGCAGUUUAUGUAUAGAGGAAGAGGAGGAGAGCAUAUAGAGUAGGAGUAUGAGAGAAAAGAAAAGCAGGCUUUGGGGCUCUUAUAUUUGUCAGAUUGAAGAAAGCAAAAAAAUACCACUUUUAUUUUUGCAAGCUGAUUUUAAAUGUAUCUUAAUAUUAAUCAGAAUGAAGUCCCACAGUGAGCAGGACUGGAAGAGGGCAUAUGGAAAUCUAUUUUAAGAAGCGUCAACAGAAAAUCAGACUGGGAAAAGUGCAACAUCUCUCUCACCGCUUCAGCUAUGCUCUCCCCAUUGCUGGGAUCUUGACUUUCAACUGACAGACUAAAAGAGAAAAUACACAGUGUGGGAGGAGGGAAAUUGAAUCAUAAUACAAGCUUGGCUAUACAGGCAUUUCACUUGCAUAUUCACUCUUAACUUCACUUAAAAAAAAUACUGUGGUUGUCGAGCAGUUCCAUGUUGCCUGUAACUCUGAGUCCUCCUGUGGGAAGCCUUUUUGUUUUGGUAAUGUGUUGUGCUGUAACAUCUGGUGUGUUGGUGUGUUAAAAAAGAGACAGAAACCAUCAGGUGUAUUAGAAGAUGUGAAUGAUGUAUUUGCUUCUGUUCACUCUGCUCUCUCUGCCUUUAAACUCUCCACUCUGUAGAUCAAUGCCGACAUCGGUCUCUUAAGGUUCGAAGAGAAGCUUUUGGUCCUUUUUUUUAAUCCUCUACAAAUAGAAAAGUUGAUGAAGUUAUCAUUUGCAACUACUUUUAAAUUUAAAUUUUGCAUGAAAGUUUUUUUUUUUUUCUGUCGCUUGAAGUUAGGUCCUAGAUAAAUGAUUGAGGUGUAGCUGAUGUGACCCGUCGAAGGAUGAAGGAAAGGAUGCAGGAGGAGUAGAAUGGUGUUUGUCCCUUUCUUUUCUCUCAUUUCAACCUCCUGACAGGAGGAGCUUGAUUGGUAAUGAGCCAUGAAGUUGCUCGCCUAGCCGGGACCAACAGAUUGCGCCACUUAUCGUUUAUGAUGUGGCGUUUCCGCUCUAUCCUUUGCCACCAGGAGCACCCUCCUCUCUCCCCAUUCUCCUCAGAGUUUAUUGGAAGGUGUGAUUUAUCUGGGGCGGUGUCGAGGUCACGGCCAUCGAGAUCAGGGGGAGUAUUUUACCGCUCCUGAUCCAUCUGAUUCCCCACUUACUUGACUCCAGCCCAUUCUGACACACCAGGACUGAGUAAUCCACCUAGAGUAGCCACAUUUCCCAGCUCCGCCUUUCACACUUUGCUAAAUGGCCGGAUGUAACAGAGCCUCCAUAAUGCCGUAGCAGUAGAUAAGACAGAUUUUCAAUAAGGAUCCUAUAUUACUUUCCAUUAGCGGAUGUUAGAUGUGGCAAAUUGAUUGGAAGACUUAAAACGGUUUGCUAUUGAUGGGGAAUGUGUGGGGAAAUGGCCCUUUAUGAUGCAGGGGCAGGGCUUAUUUUCUUCACACGGUUACUUCAUCCUUUUAAUGAGCCAUUGGGGCUUCCUUUUAAAAAUGAGAUUUGAUGGCUACUGUACUGUCUUUAAGGCUCAAGGUACAUUUGCAUGCAUCUGGGUAAUUGUGAUAAGAAGAUUUUCUACUCAUGAGUUUCCCACCCUUCUUAUUGACUCCCCUUUGACCUCCUUAGAGGAAAAUCAAGUUGGUGUAAUUUAAAUUGAUAUCAAGGCCAGGUGAGCUCUGGGUUGGCAUUUUUGAGGGUGUCAUCCGUUCAAAACCAGCUUGACCUUUCACCAAAGGGUAGAUGGAUGUGAUUGCCUCCAUUUCUUAUCAUGUCUCUUUAACCUCAACCUACUGAUGCAGGGAAAUGCUUCAGCACACGUUAGGCAUGGACUGGUGGAAGGAUUCUCAGGACCUAUUGAAUUAUUAAUGCACAUGAAGAUUACGAACAUGAUGGAGGUUUAAUGAAAGAAGAAACGCAGAAGUUGUUUCUAGUGCUGCUACUAUAAAAACCUCCACCUUUUUAAUUUUCAGUUAAAGUGAAGGAUGUAGGAAAAAUAACCCCCAGGCAAAAUUAAAAGAAAAUCCAAAAAAUGUGUAGGGAAUUUUAAAAAUCAUUAAUCACUAAUUAAUAACUAGGAUAUAAUUUUCCUAAUUAUUAUAUUCAAUGUAUUUGGGAAACAUUUUUUGAUCCACAGACCUCAGCAAAUUCAGAAAAUAUCAUAUUAAAGAAUUUUGAUGAGAGGAGCUUUUUUUUCCGGUUAACAUAAAAUGUUUUAGAAGUUUUCAUUACUUGUAGGCGAGCGACUAUGAUUACAGGCUUCUUUUAGCUAGCUGACUGAUGCUGUGCAGCAGCAGGUGGGGGAGGGGAUCUGCCAUAUUAUUGUAUUAUAUAUAUGCAGCUGGAGAAAGAGUCCCUCUGAAACAUUCUUAUUAAAAGGACUUGAAACUUUAGAAACCAUAUGAAGGAAGACAUAUUUAUUUAUUCUGAUACUUGUAACUGGCCCAUGCCAGUUUGUUAGCUUUUCAAAGUCUCAACUUGUAUUCUGGCAGAGAGAGAACAGGAAACGCAGAAGGCUAAUAAAAUGUUGACAGCAUUAAGCAUUUGAGCAUCGUAUGGCAGAUUGUAAACCAGUGUGUUCAAUAGGAUUAUCAUCUAAUGGCCUUAGUUUAUGCAUAUAUGGGUGAGUAACAGCAUUAUUGAACACAGCUGACUUGUCACAACCACAUCAUAUAUAAAAAAAUGUAUUACUUUUUUUGCACUUGUAUUUGUCACUACUUUAAUGAACAAUAUAAGUGUGAAACUGUUUCUUUGGGGGGUAAAAAAAAAAGGUUACAAAGGAGAAACAAAACACUAUGUACAUUUAGGUGUGAAGUAUCUGUGUACUAUAUAUGUAAUCAUUAUUUGUCUCGUGAAAAUGUACAUAUUUCUGAAACUGUAAAUAUCGGAUUGAAGGAGCCCGUUUUUACCCGCAGCAAGGAGGUCAGAGUUCGCCUCGAGUUCAAAUGUCCCAGCAGGCUUUUAGAAUGUAGAUCAAUUUAACGACGUAAUGAACUCACCAACCUCGCAUCACCUGAGGUUGAUUUUUAUAUCUACGUGUUUUUAUUUUUUCAAAUAGCCUGCGUUUUCACAUAAGCACAUACCGUUUCUAGCGUCUUUGCACAGGAAAAAAAAAGAAAAAUCACAUUUAUCUGGGAUUCCUUCCUCACCCAAGUCAUGCAUCUGAGCCAGCUUCCUGUUUGUGCGCAGCAGUUAGUUGGGUUUUCUUUCCUGGUGACACUAUCCCGACCCAAACUGUAACCUGAGUGGCCGUCUUCUGCUGUUGUUUAAAAAGCGUAAAGCUGCAGAUAUUGUGAGUUUCAAAGGUGCGCUUGCUUGCACACAUGCACAGCUGCUGUACACGUAUACAUUGGCAGGAUGUGGAGAAACAAUUCGCCCACACAAACUCCCCACAUUCGCUCUCAUUAUGCUCACUCCCACAGCCAAACUGGUGCAGCAGACGCCUCAUACCUGACAAGUCUGCCAUCUUCUGACAUGAGCCCACACAUAGCCACACAAAAUAAUCAUGAAAAAAACAAACAAUAAUAAAACAAAAAGGCAUCGAUGCCGAGAUGUUUACUUCUAGAUUUCCUCCUCGAAGGAAGAAGCUGCACCAAUAUUCUGAGCGUUUUUCUCAGAGCAUUUUUUUGCUGCUGUUGGGAAUAUAGAUUCAUUAAAAUGCCACCAACUCCUGAUCAUCCUAAAUUACUCCUUCCAAUGCUUUUAAAAGACACCAGAGAGAGUCACCCUCCCGACUUCUCGUACCCCAGCGUGUCGCUGCCACCCCCUAAGAUGCAAACACAGUGACAUCCACCUCUUCACUGCAGCAAUGCUUGUCAAACAAAAUGCUUUUAGUGAACCCUACAAUUCUGGCUCGGGUCUAGCAUCAAGGCAAUGCAGUCAAAAAAAUCUGAUAUUUUCCCCCUAUACUCCAAAAAGCGACAUCCCUUCGCUGUUUGUUUGGCUCCAGACAUCUGAUGACAAAUCAAAGCCUUAACAUCUCUCAGCUCACUCGCUUACCGACAAAAAAAAGAAAAGAAAGCAACAACGUUCCUGUGUACAUAGUAUAAAUAUAUAAAUAUGUAGCAGAGGAAAAAGAAUUACUAAUUUAUGGUGUCACAUUUGUGUAUUACUCAGUGACAGCAAGCAUGAAGGAUUUCUUUUCUUCUAUUACAGUCUCCUCUCUCUUCUGUUAUUUUGCAGUGCUUUAUGAGUUAUGUUUUCUGAGUGCUUUAUUCUUGACUGCUGCGCUGUGAUUGCUGCCAAAUCUGGUGAAUUUAAACUGUAUACACAUAUAUAAACACACACACACGCCACAACUACGCUAUAAAACACUCUUAACCCAAAAUGUGCUUUUAUUACUAUUGACUGCUCUGUGUGGAUGUUGUUUUAACUUUUUUGUAUCUUUUAAUUUUUGACUUUAUUUUGGUCUGAAUUAGGAUUGUUGUCACUAUUAUGUCAUGUCUUUCUAUAUUUUUCUUUUUCGUAUUUGGUUCAUAUUAAAGACUUCCUGGUUUUUGAACUGUU